AUGGCUUCAGGUCACACGAGCACUAAUGCGUUCAUUCCGAGUGCACUCCCUCCGAGAGCGGACCCUGCAAGAAAUAACUCGCAACCAUGCCCGCAUAGUAAUGGCUCCAGUGGCGGCAACCAGACCCAACACGUUGUUGUCAAUGUUGAAGCCAAUGAUGUGGAUGACGUCGCUCCACUCCCACCCUCCUCCGCCUAUGCGCCUGCUUCAUCCCACCUUCUCGCAACGCCUCCACAGUCCAGCCCGGGUCUUCCCUCCGCCUCUCUCUCCCCUUCAGCUGCCGCCGCUGCUAUCUCACCCUCCUCCGCCUAUGCGCCUGCUUCAUCCCACCUUCUCGCAACGCCUCCACAGUCCAGCCCGGGUCUUCCCUCCGCCUCUCUCUCCCCUUCAGCUGCCGCCGGUGCUAUCUCACCCUCCUCCGCCUAUGCGCCUGCUUCAUCCCACCUCCUCGCAACGCCUCCACAGUCCAGCCCGGGUCUUCCCUCCGCCUCUCUCUCCCCUUCAGCUGCCGCCGCUGCUAUCUCACCCUCCUCCGCCUAUGCGCCUGCUUCAUCCCACCUCCUCGCAACGCCUCCACAGUCCAGCCCAGGUCUUCCCUCCGCCUCUCUCUCCCCUUCAGCUGCCGCCGCUGCUAUCUCACCCUCCUCCGCCUAUGCACCUGCUUCAUCCAACCUUCUCGCAACGCCUCCACAGUCCAGCCCAGGUCUUCCCUUCGCCUCUUUCUCCCCCUCAGCUACCCUCGCCGCUCUCUCACCCUCCUCCGCCUAUGGCCAUGCUCCCUUCUCUCGUCUCACCCCACUUACACAGUCCAGUGGUCUUCCCUCCGCCAUCGCCUCACAAGCUACCCUUGCCGCUCUCUCACCCUCCUCUGCUGGAGUGCAAGUUUCAGCACAUGCCCGCACCUCGCCUUCACAAUCUGGUCUCCCCUUCACUGUCGCUUCCCUCCCAGCUACCCUCGCCGCUCUCUCACCCUCCUCCGCCUAUGGCCAUGCUCCCUUCUCUCGUCUCACCCCACUUACACAGUCCACCGGUCUUCCCUCUGCCAUCGCCUCACAAGCUACCCUCGCCGCUCUCUCACCCUCCUCUGCUGGAGUGCAAGUUUCAGCACACGCCCGCACCUCGCCUUCACAAUCUGGUUCCCCCUUCACUGUCGCUUCCCUCCCAGCUACCCUCGCCGCUCUCUCACCCUCCUCCGCCUAUGGGCUCAAUACCUCCCACCCUUUCACCUCACCUUCACAAUCAUGCCCUGUUACUGGCUCCGCCUCCGCCGCUGCAGCUGCUGUUCAGACUCCGUCCUCCAUCCAUGCUCAUCCUUCGUACGGCUUGCUUGCUGCUGUUAAUUACUUAUCCCCUGGACUAGCAUCAGCUUCGGCCUUCACUCUUCCUGCUGCCCGCUCCCCCGCUUCACCCGUUACGCAGCGAGCUCUGCUAUCAGUUUCCCCCGGCCCCACUUCUUCAACGCCUCUUCCUGCCUCUGAUCUGCCACAAGCAGAACUUCCAUGGAAUCUCCGGCCACGUAAGCAGAGGCCCACUCCCACCGACCCGCCUCCAAUACAGGUCGAUGCCCAAAAUCUUGAUGAAGAGUCAGAUGAUGACUCGCUUUUUGAUAGUGGUCCCGAGAGGGAAUCUGGGGGUGCUGCUGUACCACACCAUGCCCUCGCUCCUAACAGCAUUGCACCCUCCAACCAUCCCGCUUCAGCUCUCCCCCUCUCUCCAAUCAACGUGGUGUGGCCGCGCACUCAAGCUGCCUUUUGUCGUGCGCUGGCAAGGGCACGUGUUCGGAGGGAGACUAUUGACACCGCGAGAAUGAACCAACGGCAACGAGAGUGGGCGGAGAAAACGAUUACUGCACUGGAUGCUGUUCCGGACGUGCGUGCUGGCCUUGCGAUCAUUUUCCCCUUUCGAUCCUUUGAUUUCCUUUUUUCUCGAGACCUCUGUAAAACCCUCACCCUGUUCCCCACUCUCAUCAUUUAUCGUUUCCCGUAUUAG